AUGACGGGCUGCAAGCCCAUGGCAACGCCGAUGGAGGAGCGGAUCAAGCUGUCGAAGAACAGCACGGCGGCGAGGGUGGACGCAACGCGUUACCGGAGCAUCGUCGGCGGCCUGCGGUGGCUAACGCAUACACGGCCGGACAUCACGUUCGCAGUCGGGUAUGUAAGCCGCUUCCUCGAAGACCCGCGGGAGGACCACUGGACAGCGGCCAAGCGGGUGCUGCGCUACGUCCAGGGCUCUCUGGACAUGGGCAUCGUCUUCCCCAGGCACGGCGGGCUUCAGCUGACGGCAUUCAGCGAUGCGGACAUGGCUGGAGAUGUGGAUGGACGGAAGAGCACCACAGGUGUGCUCGUCUCCCUUGGAACCGCACCGGUGGCUUGGCAGUCACUGAAGCAGAAGGUGGUGGCGCUGUCAACCUGUGAAUCGGAGUACAUUGCAGCGGCCACCGCGGCGUGCCAAGUCGUUUGGCUGCGCCGGCUGUUGGGUGAGCUCACUGGCGUUGAAGCUCGCCCGCCAGCACUCAAGGUGGACAACCAGCCGGCCAUUGCGCUGGCAAAGAACCCCGUCUUUCACGAUCGAAGCAAGCAUAUCGAUGUGAAGUUCCAUUUUCUUCGGGACUGCGUCGAUGGGGGGCACCUUGUCAUCGAGUUCGUCGACACCGGACGGCAACUCGCUGACAUCCUCACCAAGUCGCUCGGGCGUCUUCGGUUCUCGGAAUUGAGGAAGAUGAUCGGCAUGGAUGAGGUCCAGGGCUAG